AUGGGCAAACCCCCAGCAUACCUUUUCGUUGUGAGGCACGGAUUGCGCCUUGAUGUAGCCGACAAGAACUGGCAUCUCACAUCGCCGACUCCCUACGAUCCUCCCCUCACAUAUAGUGGCUGGAACCAAGCCAAAAACCUUGGAGCGCGGAUAGGGAACAUUAUCCGAGACAGAGUCAAGGAGGACGAAACAGCUGCCAAGGCCGCAGCGCAAACCGACCCCUCGGCCAAACCGAAACGCAAACGAUACGAGGUCGUCAUUCACAGCUCCCCGUUUCUGCGAUGCAUCCAGACCUCCGUUGCCAUCAGUGCCGGUUUGGCACAAGACUCGACCCCAUUCGGACCCUCUACGGGAGGCGAUAACAAAGAGCUUUCAGGGAGCUUUGCCCACGGUCACCGAGCAAGGCCGUCUACCGCGUCCGAUUCUGCUUCUGGCCCAGCACCCUUAAAGAUAGUACAAGGGUCGGCCAUCCGCAAAUCUGUUCUCCGGCUGGACGCUUUUUUGGGCGAGUGGCUGUCACCUGGCUACUAUGAGCUCAUCAGCCCACCUCCCGAGUCUGUCAUGAUGCUUGCAAGCGCCAAGGCAGAUCUCCUCAGACGCGAAGAUUACAGCAGCUACCCUAAUUUCAACGCUCACCAUCACUCAAACUCCCAAGGGCAGCUUUGGAGCCCGACCGCGCAGCGCACGCAUAGCCCUCUUUCCCCGACAAUUAGCCCCGUUGACCAUCUGGAGAAGGAUGACCUGUCCAGCGUGGCCGGUUCUCUGCCUAGAAGCGAGAGCGCCAGUAGCCAGAGUACCUGCCAGUCUCAACCCGAUUCUACCCUGCAGUCGGCCACUCAACCGUUUCCAGCCAUGGGUUACGUCCCCCCAGUUCCCCAUUACGCAGUCAAUGGCAAUAACACUAUCCCUCCGGGCUAUGUCGCACAUGCUCGGGAUGCGUGCUGUGAUAUUGACUACCAAUGGGAUUCGAUGCGGGCUCCUCUGAACUGGGGCGACGGUGGUUCCUUCCCCGAGGAAUGGACCUCGAUGCAUAGACGGUUUGGCGCAGGUAUUCAGAUGCUAGUUGACUGGUAUUCCACGGCCGAGCACCCUACCAAGAUGGUCACCAAGACGGUUUCUCGGUUCGGUCGGAGAGAGUCGACCCAGGCCCAGGAAUCCGAAGAUAGUGACGACGUGGAGACCGAAUCUAUCGUUAUUUUGGUAUCGCAUGGUGCGGGAUGCAAUGCACUGAUUGGCGCCAUUACCCAUCAACCAGUCCUCGCAGACGUUGCCAUGGCGUCACUCACAAUGGCGGUUCGGAAGCCGGAUCAGGAAAUACAUGAGAGUAUCCAGCGAACGAACACUGGCCAGAAGGGAACGACGCCCAUCCAUCACUACUAUGAUCUUAAGCUGUUUGCCAACACAGACCAUCUGCGUACCCCUGGCCAAGCACCGAACCUGUCGCGGUCUACAUCUAUCUCCAUCGCUAGUGUCGCCACUGCCCGGAACCGUUACACUCACUCCCACUCUGUUUCCACGACGUCGAAUUUCUCCUAUCAAGACAUUGUGGGAGGGAGAGGGGGUGUGUCUGACAGUCCCCUGAGCGCCAGUCGCAGAGUCUCUAGUGGCUCCUCCACCACUCCUAGGUUUGUGUUUGGUACCUCCAGUGCCAGCAACGGAAGUGGAGGUGGGAUUACGGUUGGAAGUGGUGUCUCAUCAUUCGGCUUGAGUAAGCCUUCGAGUCUCUCAACAGGCCGUGGACGUAAGGUGUCUAUGGGACUGUGGUCACCAACCAGCCUCCGCAACAGUACUGGAUUCGAUGAUGACGAUGACGAUGAUAACAUGGUCCUGAAUUUCGGUAAUUAG